GAAAUGAAUGUGACAAUGUCACGAAUAGCAAAUUUUGCAACUUUUGCAAUAGUACUCAUUGGCCAUGUUUAUGGAAGAUUUAUUUUUGAUUCUGGAACCCUUGUAAAGGAAGCAAUUGAAUAUAGCGGUGCGUUGGUAAAUGAACUUUUUGAUGUUUCUGCUGGUUUUUCUACAUCAUUCGGUAUUUAUGUCGACUAUGAUCAGCUUGUCCAGGAAGAAGAGAUGGAUGACAGCAGUCAGCAGAGUGGAACUCAACAAAUAAGUAAUGAACAACCGAGCGAAACACAAAAUCAGUCUGAAAAUAACAAUGCAUUAUAUAUAGAUCUAGAUAUUGGUCUAGAAGGGCAUAUAAAUUCAAUUGAUCCAACGAAUCCAAAUCCAGAGUUGUAUCCAAAUAAACAAACGAAUACAAAUAACGACAUUUAUCCCAACAAGCAAACGAAUCCAAAUGAUUAUAGUUAUUUGGAGGAAAAUACAAAUCCGAAUAGCUACGACUUUCAAAACCAGCAGCUCAUUACAAAUGAGGAAGAGACACCAUAUGAUUAUAGUUAUUUGGAGAAAAAUACAAAUCCGAAUAGCCACGACUUUCAAAACCAGCAGCUCAUUACAAAUGAGGAAGAGACACCAUAUGAUUAUAGUUAUUUGGAGAAAAAUACAAAUCCGAAUAGCCACGACUUUCAAAACCAACAGCUCAUUACAAAUGAGGAAGAGACACCAUAUGAAAAAUUUCCAAUAGCAGAUUAUGAUUCCCUUUAUCCCAAUAAACAAACUAAUCCAAAUGAAGACGGAUAUAUAAACGACAAAGAAAGCCCGAAUGAUUAUUUGAUAACAAAUGAAAAAACAAACUUAAAUGAUCAGCCUGAUCGGUUUGUUCAGCUUAAUCAAUAUGGUCAGUCUAAUCAGUAUGGUCAGACUUAUCAGAUUGGUCAGCUUGAGCAGAAUUAUCAACCUAGCCCUGAGUAGGCUGUCGGUAUGGACAGCUUGUUCAUCAAAUCAGUAAUAAAUAUGCUUCCAUCGGAUAUGAAAUUUUAAAUUUUUAGUUACAAUCAGAUUCUUCUUGUGGUCCAAGUAAUGGAUGUAAUGAUAGAAAUAUCCCGAUUUACUAAUCAAUAUUCGAAAAGUCAAUUUAAUAUAAAUGUGAAAAAGUGUUUAACAAUAAGUGAAUA